AUGGCUAUCGAUCAGACCGAAGAAGUCACGCCCAACACGAGCAGAAAUGACCAACCUGUUAUUGAUGUAAGCAGUCCUCUGUACAUUCAUCCUUCCGAUAGUCCCGGAGUAACUCUAGUGCCGGUUCCGUUUGACGGGAUUGGAUAUAGGUCGUGGAGAAGAAAUGUGUUGAGAGCCCUGUCUGUCAAAAACAAAUUAGGGUUCGUAAAUGGAGACUGUUCGAAACCUUCCCCUAAUUCACCACAAUUUCGUCACUGGGAAAGGUGUGACAACAUGGUAACUUCCUGGAUUCUCAAUUCUCUGUCAAAGGAAAUUUCUGAUAGUGUUGAGUAUGUUAGUGAUUCAGUAGAAUUAUGGAGAGAAUUGGAAGAUCGAUAUGAUCAAACGAACGGUGCAAAGCUGUAUCAAAUCCAAAAGGAGAUCAAUGAUCUUGUUCAAGGGUCUUUGGACAUUACUACCUACUACACGCGAAUGAAAAGACUAUGGGAAGAGUUGAGCAAUCUCAAUGCAAGGUCUCAGUGCACUUGUGCUUGUACGUGUGGCUCAAAGGACAGUAUGCAUAAGGCAGAGCAGGACAGGCAACUUAUUCAGUUUUUGAUGGGAUUGAAUGAAGUGUACACGACAAUGAGAGGAAGCAUUUUGAUGAUGAAGCCCUUACCAUCAUUGGCACAAGCCUUUUCUUUGUUGGUGCAAGAGGAAAAGCAAAGGGAGUUCAAACCAAGCAGUCAUUUGAAGCUGGAGUCUACCUCACUUCAUGUGAACACUGCACCUUCACAACAUCAAAAUCCUUUUGGAGCUCGGAAUUUCAAGACACACUAUACAGCUAACUCAGGCCAAUCCAGGGGUCGACCAUUCUGUGACUAUUGCAAGAGACCUGGCCAUACAAAAGACAAAUAUUACAAGUUACAUGGAUAUCCCCAGGGCAAUUCCUACAACAAUCAAGUUUCAAAUCGCACCAAUGCUCAACAGUUUAAUCAAGGGAAUAACUCAGGUCAAGUUCAAGGCCACAGAUUUAACAGAGCUAGAGGAACUGUAGCAAAUGUACAUGGAACCCCUACUGAUCUACUGCAAAAUGAGGAAGAUGAGACAAUCCCACACAGUGAGAAUCAGAAUGAGGAUCUUCCAGCAAUGCCAACAUUACCAGUGGUUCUGCCAAUUUUGCAGGCCCCUUCAGUGAAGAGGCCUCAGGUGAUUGGUAGUAGCAGAAAGGGAUUGUACUAUCUCUGCUCCAGGUGUCUAAAGGGUAAAAGUUCUGUUUCAAAUUCUAAGAAUAGUCUCAAGUCAGUCAACAUUCCUGAUUAUUCUCAAAGCAGCAUUCCACACUGUAAUGCCCAAAAUCCCACCAGUGUCACAUCUCCAGUUGUACCUCAAUCCCCUGUAUCCUCAGCUGAUAAUGAUACUACAAUGCACACAUCAAAUACUCAACCUUUCAAUCAUUCUCCUGUAAUUUCACAUCAAACACUUGACCCUAACUCACCAACAUCUACUCAAUCAAAUACUUCACCCCCUUUGAGAAGAACCAUUAGAACUCACAGAACACCUACAUACCUUCAGGAUUAUGUCUACAGCCUGCCUAAUAUAUCAAAUUCUAAUGUUCCUCAGGAAUCACCUUCCUUAAGUGCACUUUUCUCAAAUCAUAGCCAUGUUACACCUGAUGUUCUAUGUCCUGAAAGUCAGCACUUAGUGACAAAUGUUUGUCAUGAUAGUGAGCCAUCAUCAUAUGGAGAGGCAGUUCUCAGCCCUGCAUGGCAAGCAGCCAUGACUCAGGAAUUUGAGGCUCUCUAUACAAAUAACACUUGGGACUUAGUCCCUUUGCCAGCUGGAAAGCAGGCAAUAGGCUGCAAGUGGGUCUAUAAAAUCAAACAUAAAGCAGAUGGCAGCAUAGAAAGGUUCAAGGCUAGAUUAGUGGUAAAAGGGUAUACCCAACAAGCAGGGAUUGACUACACAGAGACCUUCUCCCCUGUUGUCAAAAUGACAACAGUUAGAGUUUUGUUCACUGUUGUUGUAAAGAAGAGCUGGGACAUAUUCCAACUAGAUGUAAACAAUGCAUUCCUUCAUGGUGAUCUAUAUGAAGAAGUGUACAUGGAAGUACCACCAGGCCUUCUAAUUGAUCAAACUGGUCCACAAAAGGUAGUUUGCAAACUUAAUAAAUCAUUGUAUGGGCUAAAGCAAGCCAGCAGACAAUGGUAUGCUAAGUUGACUGAAGCCCUAUCCUCAUUGGGGUAUAGACAUUCUGAGAAUGAUUACUCACUCUUCUCCAAGAAGACUUCUUCUCACACCAUAUUUGUAGCUGUCUAUGUUGAUGAUGUUAUCAUCACUGGGGAUGAUUCACUUGAGAUAGCCAAUUUAAAAUCAUUCCUUGAUAAGCAAUUCAGAAUUAAGGAUCUUGGGAAACUCCAUUACUUCUUGGGCCUAGAAGUUCUCUACAAGUCAGAUGGAAUCAUCAUGUCUCAAAGGAAGUUCACCCUAGAUUUGCUAAGAGAAUAUGACUGUUUUGGCUACAGCAGUCUGUCUUCUCCCCUUGAUCCUGCUGUGAAGUUGAAGGGUAAUGAAGGCACUCUCCUUCCAGAUCCUACAUAUUACAGAAAGUAUCUCAAGAGUGAUGCCACUCUUGGUAUAUUCUUUUCCAACAACACUGACUGCUCCAUUAGUGCCUACUGUGACUCUGACUGGGCUUCAUGCCCUGAUUCUAGAAAGUCUGUUACUGGGUACAUAGUUUUGGUGGGAGAUAACCCCAUUAGUUGGAAGUCAAAGAAGCAAGAAACUGUUUCCUUAUCUUCAGCUGAGGCAGAGUACAGGUCCCUAAGGAAGGUAGUAGGAGAACUGGUAUGGUUAAACAGAUUAUUUGAGGAGUUCACUGUUUCACAGUCCAGCCCCAUUGCUGUGUUCUGUGACAGUCUAUCUGCUAUUCACAUUGCUCACAAUCCAGUUUUCCAUGAAAGGACAAAACAUAUCGAGGUUGAUUGCCAUUUUGUACGGAAUAAACUUCAGGAAGGCUUGAUUUCUCUCCACCAUGUAGCCACCACUAACCAGCUAGCUGAUAUACUCACCUAA